GACAGAGAGAGGAGGGUCUGGGAAUGCUGAAGCGGGGGAGAGCCGCAAGGGAGGAGAGAGGUGGAAAGUUGCAACUUCAGGGCAAUAUGGACCGCAUGCUAUGGGAAGGAAUGCAUGUGCCUUUGUAGGAGAGUGAAGGAGCAAAUGAAAAGAAGAGGAGGCGGAGGAAAGAAGCGAGGAGGGGAGGGAUCUAGGCAGAGGCUGCAGCGUGGCUCUGUGUCUGAAUGAAAGAGCCUCUCUCUCCGACUCUCUCCUGCUGUCUGUAUGCACGGCUCACGUCUGCUGCAGCAAAUGAGCACAUGUCCGGAGCAAACACAGCGAGACUCUCCAAGUGACGCCGAGCGGGACGUAAAUAUUUUGCAGAAACAACGCCUGAGGGUGCAGCUUCAAAAUUUCAAAAUGCCUUCUUAAUUUAGCCCUUUUUCUAAGAAGCUGGAUUUCUUCUUAGCUAUCUGACUGCUUGUUUUUGGAGGAUUGCUUGGCAUCCAGACAUUUUCUGUAUUUGGAGACUUUCUCUCUUUCUAGAAUAUAUUGUGAUCCACAGGUGUUUCUGAAGAUACUCUGUGUUUGCAGCGCCACACACCACCUGGACUCACCAUCAAAAGAUCCGGAUCAGUUUCGCCUCACUUUACUAUAUGUACACAGAGCAAUCUGUUGUACUUUGUUGGUCUAUGGCCAACUUGCACGCACACGUGAUGCUGGCUCAGUGUGUUUGACACACACACACACACACACACAGACACAGUUGCCUAAAGAGAGCAAAUGAGGACGACCAUUGCUUCAAACCUUUUCAGAAAAUCUUACUUUGAGUCUCACACUUGUGCUUGACAGAUGCUGGUGGAGAUGUAACAUUUAAAUUGUCAUUCAACAAGUCAACUCAUUAUAGUGAAAAAAAACCACAGACGAGCUGCUUCGACUCACUGCGCAACUGGAUCAAGAAUUGAACAAUCCUGGUCUGAAGGACAGCAUCUUCCGCACCAUGACCUCUAAUUUGCAGCACGCCCUCUUCCCUCACCUCCUUCUCCUCGUCCUGCCGUUGCUCCUCCAGGCCUGGUGGGGUAGCUGUCACCCCCAGUGUUUGGACUACAAGCCUCCAUUCGAGCCCCAGCAGCCACUGCUCUUCUGUAAGGAGUAUUCCAAGUUCGGAUGCUGCGAUGUGGAGAAAGACGAGGAGAUAUCAGUCCGCUUUUACAGCAUCAUGGAAAACUUUGACAGCUCAGGCUACGCAACCUGUGCCAAGUACAUACGAAGCAUCCUCUGCCAGGAGUGUUCACCGUACGCCGCUCACCUGUACGACGCCGAAGAUGCCAACACACCUAUGCGGAUGCUGCCCGGCCUGUGCGGUGAUUACUGCUCCGACUACUGGCACCAGUGUCGCUACACACUCAGUCUCCUGUUGGAAGACUUGGGUGGCCCGCAGCAAUUCUCGAACCUGACGGCAACCAUAGAAGAAGAUCGCAGAAGGUUCUGCGACUUCCUGGAGCUGAAGGACAGGCAGUACUGCUAUCCUAACGUAGUUUCCAAUGCAGAGCUCAAUGCUAACCUUGGCAUUGUCCGCGAGGAUCCUAAAGGAUGUCUGGAGUUAUGCUUGGAGGAGGUUGCCAACGGGCUCCGUAACCCUGUGGCCAUGAUCCACGCAGACGAUGGAACCCACCGGUUCUUUGUGGCGGAGCAGCUGGGCUACGUGUGGGUGUAUCUGGCAAACGGAUCCAGGAUCGACCGUCCUUUCCUCAACCUCACCCGCGCUGUGCUCACUUCGCCGUGGGCUGGAGACGAGAGGGGGUUCCUCUGCAUAGCCCUACACCCGAGGUUCACCACGGUCAGAAAAGCCUAUGUGUACUACUCUGUGUCUGUCAAGAAGGAGGAGAGGAUAAGAAUCAGCGAGUUCACACUGUCAGCACACGAUGACAACCAGCUGGACCACUCCUCCGAGAGAACCAUCCUUGAGGUGGUAGAGCCGGCAUCCAAUCACAAUGGAGGACAGCUUCUAUUUGGCCAUGACGGGUAUCUGUACAUCUUCAUCGGGGAUGGUGGCCGUGCCGGGGACCCAUUUGGCAAGUUCGGCAAUUCACAGAACAAGUCAACGCUGCUCGGCAAGGCGCUACGUGUUGAUAUCGAGAACAACGAUGAUGGACCCCCGUACACCAUUCCCUCAGACAACCCGUUCUUGUCCGAAAAAGAAGCACGACCUGAGAUUUAUGCCUAUGGAGUUCGCAACAUGUGGCGCUGCUCCAUCGACCGCGGUGACCCCGUGACAGGCCUAGGCCGGGGCAGGAUGUUUUGCGGUGAUGUAGGCCAGAACAAGUAUGAAGAGGUGGAUCUCAUUGUGAAAGGAGGCAACUACGGAUGGAGGGCCAAAGAAGGUUUCAGCUGCUACGAUCGAAAACUCUGCCAGAACUCCUCGCUGGAUGACAUCUUGCCAAUCUUUGCCUACCCGCACAAGUUGGGCAAAUCGGUGACAGGAGGCUACAUCUACAGAGGCUGUCAGAUGCCCAACCUCAACGGACUCUACAUCUUUGGGGACUUCAUGAGCGGGCGUCUGAUGUCUCUGAAGGAGGACGUCAACUCAGGUGAAUGGCAGUAUAAUGAGAUCUGCAUGGGGACCGACCAGACGUGCAGAUUCCCCAGACUCAUCAACAGCUACUAUAAAUACAUCAUCUCCUUUGCUGAGGAUGAAGCAGGUGAACUGUAUUUCUUAGCCACUGGAGCCCCGAGUGCCACAGCCAGAGCAGGUGUCAUCUAUAAGAUCGUGGACCCUUCCAGGCGAGCACCACCAAGAAAAUGCACCAUCAAGCCUUCACCUGUUAAGAUUAAAGGAAAACUUAUUCAUUUCCACCCCAAAGAAGAGUUUGUAAUCAACAAGAAACCGACCACCACAGCUGUACCCACGACAACCACAAGAAGAACUACAACCACGACAAAGACACCCACAAGGAGAAAGUCACCUAUUAUAAUAAUAAAACCACCGAUGCCAACAAGAAGAACAAUAAGAAAGCCGGCACCACCACCACCGGCAACAACAGAAGCAAUAGCAAGAAAAGCAACAACGAGAGAAACGUCGCCACCAACAACAAGGAAAACAACAAGAAAAACACCUCCACCACCACCAACUAUAAAAGCAACAAUAAAAACAACUACAGCAACAACAAUAAAACCAACAACCACACCAACAACUGUCCAGAUGGCAACAACCCCCGCCCCGACCACACCCACUGGUUAUCGUACAACCGUCAUGACUGCAGCCCUCUCUAGGAUUGCUCAAACCCCAAUCGACACCACAUCCCCAACCAGGAGACACGGGAGACCCCUUCAGUAUCCUCCUUCUUCCACAUCCCAACCUUUACACCAAGUUUAUCCUUCUCCAUCCACCACACCACAGUCGCCAUACUGGAGCCAGAAACCUACAGCAACAGGCUACAAGCCCCAGAUCAACACAACACUGCUUAAAUCUCAAGAGGAGAAGCUACGGCUUGGAGAGAAGCUGGAUGUCACUGUGGAGGGUAACCAAGUAUUUAAGAGUCCUCGAGGAAGAGGUCGCAAGAGAGGAAGAAGGCUGCGGGGUGGCUCAGUGCGACUGGUGAGCCCUGAUGGUUUACUGGAUCGAGGCAGAGUGGAGAUCUUCCUCCGAGGCGAGUGGGGGACAGUGUGCGACGACCUUUUCACCUCCAAGGCGGGUACCGUAGUGUGCCGACAGCUUGGCUUCAGGACGGUGCUGGCCGUGAUGAAGAGGGCGGCGCUGGGGGAGGCGGACAAAAGCAUCAGGAUUCUAUUGGAUGACGUGGAGUGCGAGGGAGGGGAGAGGUCACUGCUGGAGUGCAAGAGGUCCAAGGUUGGGAAACAUAACUGCUCACAUGGGGAAGAUGUCGGGGUGAUCUGUGGUUAACACGAGGCCCGAGAAGUAAAAGUAUCAGAAGUAAACGAAGAGACAGCGGAUAGAAGUUCGUCACAUAUACUAUAGGAAGAGAUUAUCUGAAGAAGACUGUGCAUUUCUGCAAUGUUGGUGAUGCCAGUUUACCAUUUCCACGAAUUGUAUUUCUCCAUGUUUACCGGUUUUGUUUGUUCUUCUUUUAUUUUCUUAUCCUCCGCUAAAUGAAAAAAAGAAUGCCCAUGUUUAUCACUUUUAACACUUUCUGUGUUUAUUUCAGAUCCAAGAACAGAAGAUAAGAGUUUCUUUUAAACUUAAACUCACUCAGUCCACUGCUUUGUAAAACCUAACCACGCUCAGAGUGAUGUGUAUCAGCAAACGAAUGAUUAAACUCAGUUUCAGUCACACUUCUUUGGUUUACGUAGCUAUGGUGAUCUUGCCGACUUGUCAGCUAAUUUUAACCUCUAAUAUCGAUAUUUACAAUAGUUUGGUUCAGUUCAGCGCACUUACUUGUGGAAGCGUAUUGAAGCUGCUGAGGCUAACUAUGCUAACUGUCUUGUUAGUGACCAAGAAUACAAGUAGUCACCAAGCUUUGUGCAUUGUUUGUUUAAUGGUCCAGUGUGCAGGCCAUAGUGGCAAUGAGCAGUGAGGUUGCAGACUCCAGCCAACUGAAUAACCCUCAGUUUCCAGUGUUUGUCCAUUCUGGGCUACUGUUGGAACAUGGGCGGUACAACAUGGUGGACUGCUCCCUCUGUACAUAUAGAAGGCUCAUUCUGAUUUGGCAAAAACAUAAAGAUUCUUAUUUGAAGGUCAAUUUACAUCAAAGAAAACUUAUGAAUAUUAAAUUCCAUUUCUGCCCAUAGGUAGCCCUAAAUCCUACACACUGCACCUUUAACAACUUUUAAACCUGACUUGUUUUUGUUUUUUUUAAUGGUUUUUACACAUUUUGAUCAGCAUGGACUGAGUGAGUAUUGGAAAACCUUGAAUCAUAUUCUUACUGUGUGUUGUGUUUACAUACUGUACCUAGACAUCCAUGAAGCAACAAGAAAGUAUAUCUUGUUAAAACAGUCGAGUGUGUUCUAUAAAGAUAUCUGUAUUUUUGUAUUGUAUAAUUUCAGCAGGUCUAUUUUCUAAAGCAGUUUACAUAUAUAGAAUUUUGAUACAUUCUUGAAUGUAGUUUUAAGAUGAAAAAUAAAAGAACUUUAACAAGGAAAUGCAGGACAUUCGGUACGAUGAAUGUAAUAAAAUGUUUCCAGUUUCAUACACAGGUAUUUGAGGGCACAGAGUGCUCGUGAUAUGAAUAAAGUUUUACUGCAAAAUGA